UCCUGACGACAGGUUUUCACGUUAGGGCUUCUCUUUAAAUGCGUUUGAUCGAUCUGAGAAAGAUCGAAGUCUCGUCUAGACCCACUGCUACUGACGUUGCGCUUGAUUGGUAAACUGGUAUUUUUUUCGGAAUUUUCAAUCCCCAAAGUCUAAAAUCGAGUUUUUGCGUUUUUCCUACGUUUCUGGAUAAUAUCCGAGUGACAAAGGUGAAACUGUUCGCGCUCUGGAAUGCUGGGGUUCCGCCUAUGACGCGGUGAACUUUUGAACUCUCCCGAACGGUUCCGUCGAAAACAAGUCUAGCUGUAGCCUUGGGGGCGAUUGCACCAGCUGGCGGUAAUGCUUCAGGUACAUUAGACCGUACAGAGCGCAGUGACAGAAAGGAAAACUUUCGACAUGGAGAAUUUCCGGGCUCAGGGAAGACGUCUUGGUCCGUUUAUCUUCUUCCUGUGGUGUCUGUGUGAGUUGUGCGCCGCGUACAACAACACCACGACUGUCGUACCACCAAGCACGACAACCCGCGACUGUUUCACGUGUGACCUAACCCGGCGGUGUAUACCGUACGAGAGAGAGUGCGACGGAAUACCAGACUGCGAGGAUCGAACGGACGAAUUAAACUGCACCUGUGGAUUGGACCAAUUCCGAUGCGACACCGGGUUGUGCAUUUCUAACGACUUAUCCUGCAACGGAGAAGACAACUGUGGCGACUCGAGCGACGAGCGCGCAUGCUCGGCGUGCAAAGGUUGGCAGUACGCAUGCGCGAACGGCCGGUGUAUCCGGUGGGAUCUGGAGUGUGACAAUAGAGACGACUGUGGGGACGCCAGCGACGAGCUGCACUGCGUAUGCCCGAGCCCGCAGAAGAAGUGCGCGACGUACGGGUGUGUGAGGUCUGACCAGGAGUGUGACGGUCUGUACCAUUGUGAGGACAAGAGUGACGAAGAAGACUGCCUUCCCGAGUUGCGCUGGGACGUGUGGCUGGAGAUCGGAGUGGCGAUCUUCUUCGUGCUGAUAUUCUCCAUCGUGUGCGCGGCGACGCGGUGUUGUAUGGGCCCGCCCAAAUCUCACUCACCGCGCAGGAGGCAGCAGGCUGAAGACCCGGGACUAGAACUAGCGAACCUCGGCCAGGCCAACCCCAUGUUCGACGACCAUCCACCGGCUUACGACGCAUGCGUGCCGCCCGACACGAUAUGGACUACGUCACAGAGCGGUCUCCAUGGAAACCCGGCGGUCAGCUGUCCCGACAUCGUCAUCGUGCACAACGACAACAUCGAGCCGGAAAACACACAAACAAGAUCCACACAGAGCGUAAACAACGUCAACACAACAACGGGAAACAACACAAACACAGACUCGGUGUCAGAGACAGUGUCGGUCGCUUCAACGCUUCCAGCGUAUGACGACUACACCAAGUACCCCACAGCGCCACCUGGCGGAGAAACGGAGGUAAAGCAGUACAUCACAGACGGGGCGUCGCCAUUGCAGUCUGUGGGGUCAUCUCUACAGAGUGUUAGUUAAGGUUUACACUCCGGUAGGCUGCAAUACGGUGUUUGUAAAUAAAGUCAUGUAUAUCAAAAUAAAUUUAUUUUCAACUGAUAUAUAGGUAUUCAAUCACAUCACCAGCAAAUAAGUACACAUUGUGUAUAAAUAAGUGUGAAAAUGUUACCACUUUUGAAAUAUCAAAAGACGAUGGAACUUUUCAAAGUGUUUCAAGUUGGUUGGUCUUUUACACUUCUAAUUGUGCUUAAGCAUCAGGCCAAAGCAACUCAUUCUUGUUUCUUGGACCUUAAACUUGUAAAAGAGUCUGAAGAAAAUUGUUGAAGAGCAAGAAUAGUACAUUCAAGGGUGCAGAAAUUUUCAAGACAGGGUAUUUACACAUCAUGCUGACAAUAUUUCCUAACUGUUGCAUUAACACUUUUGUAUUAAAAGUAAGACCUGACUGCACAUUUUGGUACUAGUACCAUAUUCCUAGUUUUCUAAAGGCAGUCAACCUCAGUAUGCACGUUUUUACCUGUAUUCAAACUACCCCAUUUGGAAAAUUCCUGAUCAUUGCAAAUGCUAGAAUAAGGGCUGACAGGGUUUAAAUGUAGUGGGGGGAAACAAAUAGUUACGAUUCAAUAACUACAGUGAACUAUCCUUCAGGUAGCCGUUUGACCAAAUUCAUGGGGUUAGGCUGCAGGAAAAAAGGUUAUGAUAUUAGUAUUUAAUAAUAGGU